AUGAUGCGCCCGCGCGACCCACGUAUCCGCCAGCGGAUCAAUCAGAUCUCGCAUAAUCUAGAGUCUGCCAACGAGUCCGCUCAGGAGGGUCUAUACACCUUCUCUCAGAACUACCUCUCCCCAUGCCUGGCCAACAUUGGAAAUUGUGUCCAGACCUGCACGGCGCCAUGCCUGCCCAGCCGUGAGGACCAACUACGGCGCCGUCGACGCGGCCGUGCUGAGGCCAGCUUUGACUUCUACGAUGAUUGGGAUAAUGAGGAGGGUGAGGAGAGUCUGCUUGGCUGGGGCACUGGUGAACUUGACCGGCUGCUUGCGGGUAGUGGGCUGGCUCGCGGUGGUGGCAGUGCGGAGCAGCCUCGGCGGCCGAGGAAGAUGAGCUAUGGGACUCGUCAGACGAGAAGGCGGAGCACGGUGCAUAUCCCGGAUACCCGUGCUGAUCCUACGGUUAUACCAAGUUCGUCAUUGAUAGGAUUUUUGGAGCGCUUUCCCUGGCGAUUUGGUGCCAGAGGCGUCAAGUAUCGGCCCUCUGCUGCUGAUUUGCAAGAACAUCCGGGUAGUCACCGUCGUCAUGAACCGGAGGACGAGCCAUUGAUGGAGGCUGCAGAAGAUGACGGGGACUUUGUGUCUUAUCAAAAUAAGGGGAGGGAACGGAGCGGUACCCAGUCGUCGCGGGGGACAUCUAAUUCACUCAGUUCCCGAGGUGAUCUAUUUCCUAGCGACGAGGAGGAAGACGCUGUUCCGCUGGAUGAUGAAUUUGCGUUGGUCUUUGGACGGCGGAACACAGGACUUGAGUCGGAUGAUCAGUCUGGGACGAAGCCCGAGAUGGUUAGAUCGGCCUCGGGCACGUCGAGUCUAGGCGAUGCAUCGUCCAAGAAGUCCAAGCGGAAGAAAAAGAAGAAGCGCUCGUCGACCAAGACAACCAUGAGUGCGGACCAGGAUGGCGUUUACAGCAUUGGAACGCCGUCAACUGCGGACCUGAAAAUGGAAGAGGAGCAGGUAGCACGGGAAGAAGAGUCCAUGGUCCAGAAAAAGCGACUCGCAGCACAAGAAUUGGCUUUGAAGCGCGGCCUGGAGCCGAGCAGUGCUGAUAUGGUGCGAUAUUCACAGCCACCUGGUCUCCAAAUGAACGAUGGUCUAAAUUUUGUAUCACAGUCCCCGAAAACUACCAUCCCUACCAACCAAGCAACCGAGCCGUCUCCAACUCAUAGCCCCCAAAUGGCAGCGCGAGAUCAAAUCUCAAAGGGCCACAUCAGGCAAUCAAGUGACUCGUCCGCUCACCAGUACUCAGUGGAUCAGAUCGAGCCUUUCCCGCCGUUCCCGCUACCAGCAUCUUCUUUACCUACUGACUCACCCGGUACCGCUGUUGCUUCUCCUCGGCCUGGCUCAUUGAAUGCCGACAGCGGCACCGAAAAUGCCCGUGAAGCCGAUGACGAAGCACCCCAUUAA